GCACUACAUGUCCCGUGGUUCGUGGCGCGGCGGAGCGGGGCCGAGCAGCCCCGGCGGUGCCGCUGCCGGCGCGGGGGGGCCGGGCGGGGCCGGGCCGGGCAGGUGGAGCGGCCCCAUGGAGCGGCCGAAGAUGGCGGAGCUGGAGAGCCUGGAGACGGCGGCGGAGCACGAGCGGAUCCUGCGCGAGAUCGAGAGCACGGACACGGCCUGCAUCGGCCCCACGCUCAGGUCGGUGUACGACGGGGAGGAGCACGGGCGCUUCAUGGAGAAGCUGGAGGCGCGGAUCCGCAACCACGACCGCGAGAUCGAGAAGAUGUGCAACUUCCACUACCAGGGCUUCGUGGACUCCAUCACCGAGCUGCUCAAGGUGCGCGGCGAGGCCCAGAAACUCAAGAACCAAGUGACCGACACCAACCGGAAGCUGCAGAACGAAGGGAAAGAGCUGCUGCUGGCCAUGGAGGAGCUGAGGCAGUGCCGCCUGCAGCAGAGGAACAUCUCGGCCACGGUGGACAAGCUCACGCUGUGUCUCCCUGUGCUGGAGAUGUACAGCAAGCUGCGGGAGCAGAUGAAAUCCAAGAGGCACUACCCAGCCCUGAAGACCCUGGAGCACCUGGAGCACACGUUCCUGCCCCAGGUGAGCCACUACCGCUUCUGCCAGGUGAUGGUGGAGAACAUCCCACGGCUGCGCGAGGAGAUCAAGGAGCUCUCCAUGUCCGACCUCAAGGACUUCCUGGAGAGCAUCCGCAAGCACUCGGACAAGAUCGGCGAGACCGCCAUGAAGCAGGCACAGCAGCAGAGGAACCUGGACAACAUCGUGUCCCAGCAGCCCAGGAUUGGCGGGGGGAAGAAAUCCAAGAAGGAAUUCAGCGCCAGCUCCGAGCUGGAGGUGAAGAACACCAGCCCCAUGUCGGAGCAGGAUUCGGGGAUCCUGGAUGUGGAGGAUGAGGAUGAGGAGGAAGAGGUGCCUGGAGCCCAGGAUUUGGUGGAUUUCUCCCCGGUCUAUCGAUGUCUCCACAUCUACUCCGUCCUGGGAGCCCGGGAGACCUUUGAGAGCUACUACAGGAAGCAGAGGAGAAAACAAGCGCGGCUGGUGCUGCAGCCUCCCUCCAACAUGCACGAAACUUUGGAUGGCUACAGGAAGUAUUUCAACCAAAUUGUAGGGUUUUUCGUGGUGGAGGAUCACAUCCUGCACACCACCCAGGGCCUGGUCAACCGGGCCUACCUCGAUGAGCUGUGGGAGAUGGCCCUGUCCAAAACCAUCGCCGCCCUGAGGACUCACUCCUCCUACUGCUCCGACCCCGGGCUGGUGCUGGACCUGAAGAACCUCAUCGUGCUCUUUGCUGACACGCUGCAGGGCUACGGCUUCCCCGUGAACCAGCUCUUCGACCUGCUGCUGGAGAUCCAGGAGCAGUACAGCGAGACCCUGCUCAAGAAAUGGGCAGCAGUGUUCAGAAAUAUCCUUGACUCAGACAACUACAGCCCCAUCCCGGUGUCGAGUGAAGACGUUUAUAAGAAAAUCGUUGGACAGUUCCCAUUCCAGGAUGCUGAACUUGAAAAGCAACCCUUCCCAAAGAAGUUCCCCUUCUCGGAGUUCGUGCCCAAGGUUUACAGCCAGAUCAAGGAGUUCAUCUACGCCUGCCUCAAGUUCUCCGAGGACCUGCACCUCAGCUCCACGGAAGUCGAUGACAUGAUCAGAAAAUCCACAAAUCUGCUGCUGACCCGGACCCUGAGCAACUGUUUACAGAAUGUCAUCAAGAGGAAAAACGUUGGCCUGACAGAGCUCGUGCAGAUCAUCAUCAACACCACCCACCUGGAGAAAUCCUGCAGGUUCCUGGAGGAGUUCAUCACCAACAUCACCAACGUGCUCCCCGAGACCGUGCACACCACCAAGCUCUACGGGACCACCACCUUCAAGGACGCCCGGCACGCCGCCGAGGAGGAGAUCUACACCAACCUGAACCAGAAGAUCGACCAGUUUGUGCAGCUGGCCGACUACGACUGGACGGCGCCGGAGCCGGGCAGCAGGGCCAGCGAUUACCUGGUGGACCUGAUCGCCUUCCUGCGCAGCACCUUCGCCGUGUUCACCCACCUCCCGGGGAAGGUGGCCCAGACCGCCUGCAUGUCGGCCUGCAAGCACCUCUCGACGUCGCUGCUGCAGCUGCUGCUGGAGGCCGAGGUGCGGCAGCUCACGCUGGGGGCCCUGCACCAGUUCAACCUGGACGUGGAGGAGUGCGAACAGUUUGCCAGAUCCGGCCCAGUGCCUGGGUUCCAAGGGGACACGCUGCAGUUGGCCUUCAUCGACUUGAGACAACUCCUGGAUCUGUUCAUCCAGUGGGAUUGGUCGACGUAUUUGGCCGACUACGGGCAGCCCACGUGCAAGUACCUCCGUGUGAACCCCACCACCGCCCUCGUCCUGCUGGAAAAGAUGCGGGACACCAGCAGGAAGAACAACGUUUUCGCGCAGUUCCGGAAGAACGAGCGGGACAAGCAGAAGUUGAUCGACACCGUGGCCAAGCAGCUGCGCGGCCUCAUCAACAGCCACCACUCCUGAGGGGCCCGGGAUCCCCUUCCCGCUGCCCGGACUUCGGGAAUCCCGUCCCGAGAGAAGAUUUGUAUUUUUUUAUUCGCCUUGGAAAAGUCUCCGCGGAGCCUCCCCCCGGCGGCAAAGCGCUCCCGGCGGGACAGUCCCGGGAGGAGAGGUGGUGGCAGGAGUCUCCUGGAUAAACUCCUAUUUUCAGGGGUUUAGGAAGGGAUGGGAAUUCUUGGAGCCUGGGAGGAGUUCGCACCCGGGCUGGGUUGGUUUGUUUUGUUAUUUUUCAAAGCCAAAUUGAAGGGACCAUCCUGCCUUUUGUUAAUUUAUUCCCUUGGAAAACAGAAAUCUGGGAAGAGCCGUGGGUCUGGGUUCUCUGGGCAGGGGGGUGAGGGUCACCCUGAGCGUGUCCUGUGGUUUGGAUUUAGGCAGGAAAAAGGGAUUUCCCAGGUUUUUUCCUUCUCCCCCUCCAGGGGCUGAACUCCACAUUAGUCUGCAAAUCCCUGGAAUCGCGACCCUUUCCCACAUGUCUAUAACCAUCCCUGAGCUCCACUCCGGGACCUGCCAGGGGCUCUGGGAUCAUGGAGAAGGGUUUGGAGUGGCCUCCUCCAUGAGAUAUGGGAAGGGACAGCCGAAGGAUAAUCUGGGAAUGUGUCCUGUGGCACCGCUCCGGGGCUGGGCUGCUGGACACAUCCAGGGAUGGGGAUCCAGAGGGGAUGGAUGCUCCACAGGGAUGGAGGGAAGGCACACUGGGAUCUCCCGGUGUCCAGGAGGGGUUUUUCCCUCUCUUUCCCAUGCUGGUGUCCCAUCUUCCCUCUCCUCCUGAUGGUUCCAUGGGGAAGACUUCCCUGGGUCCCCCUGGUUGGAGCUGGAGCAGUGGGAAUCUCCUGGAGGCAGUGGAAGAUUCCCCACGGAGCAGGGCUGCUCCAAAGUGCCUGUGGAUAAAAUUCCCCCUGUCCCUACAUCCCCAAAAACCCUCUGCUCAAACCAGGCAGCCACCAGCGGGAUUUAAUCCCAGAAUUCCUGUUCCAGACAGGGAUUUUCGCUCUUCUCAUCCUGUCACCCUCUUGCCUCUAAUUCCUCUCAUUGUCCAGCCACAUUCCCAAACCCUUGAAGGGAAUUCCAGUCUCCCUGGUGGUUGUGGGAGCCCUGGGAGUGCUGCUCCUGUGCCCAUUCCCAACCCUCUGGAUGCACCGAUCCAGAGGUUUUGGGGUUGGUUUUCAUUUAGAGAAGGUUCCUUUGGCUCAAUCCCAAAAUUAAAUGGGAACACGGUCGGGAAUGACCCCCUGGAGCUCUUGGGCUGUCCCAGCCAUCUCCAGCUGCAGGGACCAAGGGAUUGUUUUCAUUAAGAAGAGGUGAAAUUUGUAAUUCCCUGGUUUUGGAGAGGGAUCGGAGGUUCCUUGUGAACUCCUCUUGGAGGGAUGUGGAAGAGGGAUGGAGGGAAAAGCGGCAGGUGAAGGAAGGUUGGAGUCAGCGUGGCCAGAAAGGGAUCGGCUUUGGAGACACCUCUGGAAACGACCCAGAGGGACAAGGGACGGGAAUUCUGGGCUGGAGAAGGAGCAGAACCCCCGGGAUACAGGGAAGGGAUUUGGUGCUGCUAUCCUGGAAUUCCAUUUUCCCCUCCUACAUUUCACUCCACGAGGCAUUCCCACAAAAAAUCCCCGGCACAGCCGAGGCAAGGCCUCAUUCCAGAUGCUCCAGGCAGCUCCCACCCUUCCCAAACCCACCCCAGGCUCCCCUCCCGUCCCCCUGAGCUGCAAUUCCAGGAGCAGCAACCUGGGAUGGGCUCUCCUUGGAGAAACCAGGAUUGGGAUCCUCCAAAGCAGCUCCUGGCGCUCGGGAUUUGCUGCUGGAAAAGUCAAAUCCAGCCCAGGGGGAGACUCAGGGCGUUCCUGAUCUCGGGAGGUCAAGAGCCGGAACCCCCAGUCAGAGCCCGGGAUGAAAAAUGGGAUUUUGGGACUCUGGUCCCAAUUAACUUUUUGUUCUGAUGGGGAGAUGCAGCUCCAUCCCCUCCGAACAAAAUUAAUCUUUUAAACAGAUUGCCCAAAAAAAAGGAAAACCCUGGAAGACAUCCCAAAUCCCCUCUCAGUCUCUUCCUAAUGAUGGGUGUCCUCCGACACGGAUGGAAUUGCUUAGGAGGGAAAAGUCACUGCAGGGAAUUUAAAAAGGGGGAUGGGAAACGGGGGCAGGACCCAAAUCCUAGAUUUCCACCUUCCCAAAAUAAAUAACGCUGGUCUCACACCUCGCUCCACAUCCACUGAACAUUCCUUGGUGGAUUAUAUUUUGUAAGAAAGGAAAAUUGGAUUAUCCCGUCAUUUUUCCCGGCUCCAGCAGAUAUAUUCCAGCACCAGAGGGGAAAAAAUGAUAUUUUAAAUGAUAUUUAAAUGAUAAACGCCAAAUUUGGCUUCCCAAGAAGCUUCUUUCCUUCCUCAGGAGCUGCCAGGCAUUCCGGGAGCUGGGAAUAAUCCUAUAAAAGGUGUCUAAAGUGGGAAUCUGCAGCCCAACCCACCCGUAGGAUGUUCUCCCUGAGCCAUCAGCAGCUGUGAGGUGGGAAAGGAGGGCUUUUCCUGGGAUUUUGGGGUAUUCCUGGGCCUGCAGUUCAAGCCAGCUGCUCCCAGGGAUUUUUGCACUUUGUUCCAGAUCCAAUGCCAGCUCCCGCUGGGAUGGGGCUGGGAGGAGUUGGGAUGCUGCUGCUUUGGGGUUGUUUUUUCCGGGAUCAGGUGCUCUGGGGAAGGUGGAAUUCCGGGCAGGGGCUCUGGGAAGGGUCACGGAGGCCCCAGAUUCCUUGGAAGGUGCUGGGAAGCGAGGCUGGGAUGGAGCCGGGGCCGUUCUGGGGCAUCGCUGCUGUCACAUCCCUCGUGCUGAAGUGUUGGGAUCAGAUUCCAAACAGAUCCCAAAUCCCAGGCAGAGAUUCCUCACCCCUGGAUGUCUCUGCCGGGCUUUUCCUGUCAGUCCUGGUUGGGUUUGGGGCUUUUUUUUUGGACCUUGGAGGGGUUUGGAGUAUCCAAGCACCGUCCCACACUCCCGUUGGAAUUGUGUCCCACCCCUGGGUGCUGCGGGAUUUUUGGGAUCUCUAUCCCACUUUUCUUAUGGCUCCAUGGGGCCUGGCACGAUUCCAUGUUUAUCCCACUGCUGGCAGCUCCAAGGGAACACAAAUCCCUCAAAUCCCAUCCCAAAUGACUCCGGGAUGGUCCCAGCUCCGCUGGGAACGCCGUGGAUCAGCGGGAAGCGACCCCAGCACACCGGGAUUGGCUGGGAUUGGCCGGGAUUCCCCCCAAAAAUACCGGGAUGGGGAGGGGGAGCUCAGGGGAGCUUCCUUCACCCCAAAGCUGCUGCUCCAAUCUCCACCCCCACCUGCAGCUUCCCAAAAAUUCCAUGGGCAGCUCUGGAAUCCUGUCCCGUCCAAGCUGCUCCCUGCCUUGGCUCAUCCCUCAGAUUCUGUUUUGCCAGGAAAACCCCCCUGACUCCCAUCCCUCCCUGCCAGCUGCCGGAGCUGCCUUUUCCCGUUGAUUUUGGGGUGCAAGGGUCUGAUUUUGGGAACCGAGGUGGUGAAAACAGCUUUUUUUGCACAAGUCGUUGCACAAGAAGGGGAAAAUUUAGCAAAUUAGGUUUAACUUUAAAGGGAAUUUUGUUGAGUUUUUGUUUUUUCCUUAAAACUCGCUAGCAGAGCUACUGAUUCCAAGAGGAGAAGGAGCUGGAAUGGUUGGAGGAAGGACUGCAUGGUUGUUUACAGGUUCAAUUCUGUUAGAAAUUAGCAUGUUGGACAUUUAUCCUGGUGUAAUUCCAAUUAAACAAAUACAGCAUUUAACUGUUUCA